AUGGAAGUUCAGUCAGAAGGAGCAGAGGCCGAAUAUACAGUGCAUUUGUCAAAUCAUAACAGUUCAUGGAAGUUCAGUCAGAAGGGAGCAGAGGCCGAAUAUACAGUGCAUUUGUCAAAUCAUAACAGUUCAUGGAAGUUCAGUCAGAAGGGCAGAUGCCGAAUAUACAAUGGACGGUUGUCAAAUCAUAACAGUUCAUGGAAGUUCAGUCAGAAGGAGCAGAGGCCGAAUAUACAGUGCAUUUGUCAAAUCAUAACAGUUCAUGGAAGUUCAGUCAGAAGGGAGCAGAGGCCAAAUAUACAGUGCAUUUGUCAAAUCAUAACAGUUCAUGGAAGUUCAGUCAGAAGGGAGCAGAGGCCGAAUAACAGUUCAUGGAAGUUCAGUCAGAAGGAGCGAGCCGAAUAUACAGUGCAUUUGUCAAAUCAUAACAGUUCAUGGAAGUUCAGUCAGAAGGGAGCAGAGGCCGAAUAUACAGUGCAUUUGUCAAAUCAUAACAGUUCAUGGAAGUUCAGUCAGAAGGGAGCAGAGGCCGAAUAUACAGUGCAGUUGUCAAAUCAAACAGUUCAUGGAAGUUCAGUCAGAAGGGAGUUCACAGUGCAUUUGUCAAAUUCAGUCAAGAAGGGAGCAGAGGCCGAAUAUACAGUGCAUUUGUCAAAUCAUAACAGUUCAUGGAAGUUCAGUCAGAAGGGAGCAGAGGCCGAAUAUACAGUGCAUUUGUCAAAUCAUAACAGUUCAUGGAAGUUCAGUCAGAAGGAGCAGAGGCCGAAUAUACAGUGCAUUUGUCAAAUCAUAACAGUUCAUGGAAGUUCAGUCAGAAGGGAGCAGAGGCCGAAUAUACAGUGCAUUUGUCAAAUCAAGGGAGCAACAGUUCAUGGAAGUUCAGUCAGAAGGAAGUUCAGCAGAGGCCGAAUAUACAGUGCAUUUGUCAAGUAA